AUGUCGACGAAAUCUGGCUUGUCAUCUUCGACUGAGCAACUUAUUCCAAUUGUUUCAUUGAGUAUUUCUGGGAAUUUUACGACGCCGCCAAUCGCGGUGACCAAACAUUCAGCGGUUUAUAAAGUUUAUUCGCAAAUACACAGACGACCAGUGGCUGUCAAAAUUAUAAAUAAAAAUGCGAUUCCACCAAAUGAUGCUGAAAAAUUUCUACCAAGAGAACUGGAUAUUACCUUAAAAGUCCGCCAUCCCCAUUUGUCUCGUUGUCUUUGCAUAAUGCAGCCAGUGCCGUCGAAAAUCGCGAUUAUUUCCGAUUUCUAUGAGCGUGGAACACUUUUGGAUCUGAUUUUGAAAGAAAAACGACUCAAGGAACAUCCGCUGGCGAUCACGCUUUUCCGACAAUUGAUCGAAGGUGUGCACUAUUUGCACGAAAGGAAAAUUGCCCAUCGAGAUGUCAAAUUGGAAAAUAUUCUUGUCGAUGGAAAUGGCGACAUUAAGCUGACUGAUUUCGGAUUUGCAAGGCAUAUUGAGCGACGAGAAAGGUCCCGAUCGUUUUGUGGAACCAAACCGUACAUUUCUUCGCAGAUUUCUCGAUUACGCCCAUACGACGCAUUUGCAGCUGAUUAUUUUGCGUGCGGUGUGGUUUUAUACACAAUGGUUGUUGGCAAAUGGCCGGAGUAUUCGAUCCAUUCUCCCGUUUCUCUUUUUCCUGAUGAUCUUCCAACAGUUGCAUGCCGGCGAUUAAUCAUGUCUCUGUUAGAAGAGAAUGAACUUUGUCGGGCUGGUUACGAUGAGUGCGUGAAUUCUGAAUGGAUGGGAGCCCAUCCGCAUUGGGUGUUUGCCAAUCAUGCCUUCUUUUAUGAACAGGUUCAAGAGCCGCCUUUCGAGUUUGCCAGUGACGAAUCAACGUCUCGUACGACCUCUACAAAAGCUUUCAAACUGGGUGCUGGCGAGAGUAGUAUGGCUUUGGACAAGCAUUUGUUCGAGCUAAAAUUUGCUGCAAAGCAAUUGGAGAAAAGCGCACAAAGAUGCGAGAAAGAGGAAAAAGUUGAAAAGGAUAAACUGACUGCCGCUAUAAAGAAGGGAAAUAAAGAGGUGGCGCAGGUUCAUGCGGAAAAUGCGAUUCGCAAGAAGAACGAAGCCGUUAAUUAUAUUAAAAUGGCAGCGAGAAUCGAUGCGGUUGCUGCUCGAGUUCAAACCGCCGCAACUCAGAAACGCGUUACUACUAGCAUGAGCGGUGUUGUUAAGGCUAUGGAAAGCGCAAUGAAAAGCAUGAAUUUGGAAAAGGUCCAACAACUUAUGGAUCGGUUUGAAAGAGAUUUCGAAGAUCUCGAUGUUACUACAAAGACGAUGGAGAAGACAAUGGAUGGAACUACUGUAUUGAAUGCACCUAAAUCGCAGGUUGAUGCCCUUAUCGCUGAAGCCGCCGAUAAAGCUGGAAUCGAACUCAACCAGGAAUUGCCUGGAAAUGUUCCAACUUCUGUUCCAGCUUCAUCUCAAUCGGUUUCCGAAGAUACCGACCUCACAUCGAGGUUGGCGGCUCUUCGCAACAUGUGA